GUUUAACUUCUUGGUAUUUUCACUUUUUCUCUCUUCUUAGAUAUAUAAAUACAUGUCUCUACGAACCAAAAGAAAGAGAUUAAAAUUAACAAGUGUAAGAGAGACACAAAGAAAGAUGGGAAAGAAGUGUUCAACACUAUUACCUCAAGUGCUCGUUCUGCUUCUGCUGCUUUGCGUCUUCCCGGCUUCAUUCUCAGUCAGAGGUUCGGUUCAUCAAAUGGGGAAAACAGAACCUACAAACGAAAUCUCACCUGAACGAGUUCUCUACCAAUCAACCAAACCUGCUACUUUUAAAGUAAAAAUACGUGGAUUUGAAGAGAAGGGACAAGAACAAACGCAAUCCCGAAAUAGCAAAACAUCUUCAAGAAGCGUGGAGAAAACUCACCAGUCAGAAGGAAGAAGACUCAUGGGCAUUUAUAUUCCAAAUGCGGGUAUAAGAGCAGGAUCUUCAAAAAGUGGACGGGGUGGUGGUAGCAACCCCUAGAACUUCUUCGAAUACCCUGUAGUAUAUGAAUGUAACAUUUAUUUUCUGCAGACAGUUCAUACGUAUGUAUUUUAAUUAAGAAGUUUCAGUUUUGCGUAAUUUUAUGUUAGUGUAAUGUUUAAGUGUUUUUACUAAAGGUUUCUCUAAACAUUA